AUGGCGAUGGCUUACCCAUACCAUCAACCCUUGGAGGUUGUCCACAAUGCAUAUACAGCUCAGCAGACCACGGAGAUAGCAUCGCGUAUGGGAGCUGCAAAGGCCCGUAUGCGUGUCGACAAGAUCCUCACCAGCUCUUUUAUGGCAGGAGCGAUUCUCGCGUUUGCUUGUGCUGCAGUUUCGGUCGUCAACGUGGCUCCCUGGUAUCAGGACAACGCUCCCGGAGUGAUCAAGCUAUUUGCCGCGCUCAUCUUCCCUUUCGGUCUGGUUGCCAUCAUCUUGACCGGUGCAGAUCUAGCUACAGGCAGUUUCAUGGUAAGACCUCUUUUGACACCUUUUCCUCCAUUGCUAGCAGAUGAUCUGACGUUUGUUUCCUACCUACAGUUUACCACAAUGUCUACCCUCCACCGCCGCACCAGCAUCCUCCAGAUGCUCCAACACUGGGCUCUCACCUUCAUCGGCAACCUCGCCGGCUCCCUCUUCGUCAUGGCCCUCAUCGCCGGCUACGGCGGCAUCCUCUCCGACCCAGCCUACGCCUCCCAAACCAUCAAGUUCGCCACGAAANAAGUCGUCGCACCACAAUGGCAUCAAAUCUUCCUCCGCGGCAUCGGCGCAAACUGGUUGGUGUGUCUAGCCUGCUUCCUCGCUUGCGGCGCCCGCGAAAUGGUAUCCAAAAUCGUGGUGAUCUGGUGGCCAACAUUUGCGUUUGUGAUACUGGGAUUUGAUCACGUAAUUGCGAAUAUGUUUUAUAUUCCCAUGGCGAUAUUCUUGGGGGCGCCGCAGAUUAGUGUGGGCUUGUAUAUCUGGAAGAGUAUGAUUCCGGCUCUGCUGGGUAAUAUUGUGGGUGGAGGUUUGUUUGUUGGUGUGGUGUAUUGGUAUCUGUAUUUGGCUGGGAAUGCCGAGCCAGUCUUGAUUGACGGGAACAGUUACGGGGGUCCGCCGAUGUCGUUGUUUGGGGUCAAUGCUGAUGUUGAGGAGGCGCCAGCUCAGAUAUCUAGGACGGAGUCUGACAAGACGAGUAUGGUUUGA